CAGUUGUAUGAAGUGAUGAGAGUGUGAAAGUGUUGUAGCAGUUAUUUUUGGUUGUUUUUUUGUUUGUUUGUUUCAUGCUGCACUGCAUGCGACUUAUUCAGAAUAACAAUGUCUGUAGCUACUAAAUGUCUGAAACUGGUAGUGUGUGUGGGUGUACUGGUGUUACUGGUACAGCUCCUGCAGCACUGGAUGGCUAGUAAAAGCCAUGUGUUUAAUAAAGAGGACGUCGCCAAACUGGCCAAGCAGUACUCCGGUCAGGAUCAUGAACAGGCCUUCUCCAAAGUGGUGGUGGAGUUCCGAAAGCACUACCCUGGCCACAUCCUGCCUGACGAGGACCUGCAGUGGGUGUUUGUGAAUGCAGGAGGCUGGAUGGGCUCCAUGUGUCUGCUCCACGCCUCUCUCACUGAAUAUGUGCUGCUCUUCGGGACUGCUGUGGACACAAGUGGACAUUCAGGACGGUAUUGGGCAGAAAUAUCGGACACUGUAAUUUCUGGAACUUUUAGGCAAUGGAAAGAGGGAACGACUAAAAGUGAAAUGUACUACCCAGGCGACACAAUAGUGCACGCAGUGGGUGACGCUACCGCAGUGCAGUGGACAGCUGGCACCUGGAUGGUGGAAUAUGGCAGAGGUUUCAUACCAUCCACACUGGGUUUCGCACUAGCAGACACUGUUUUUAGCACACAGGACUUUCUAACACUAUUCUACACUGCACGUGCGUACAUGAAGUGUCUGCUUCUAGAAACCAACACCUUCCUGACUGAGGCUGGAUUCUUCUGAAGCUCACACCCUGUGCCAUUCUGCAUUUCAUAAGUGCAAUCCUGUGAUGUUAGGUUACAAACUGGCACAUUCUGUGGCUUGUAUUUAGAGGGGCAGCCAAGAACAGACAAUCUGAUGAUUAAUUAAUGGACAGAACAUUUCUGAAGUGGGACUGUUCGCAUAAUGUAAAGGACAUGGAUAGUACUUUAUCAAACUAAAGUGGAAGAGUAUUAAAUAUUAGUCUUUGUCCAAAACAAACCUGUCAGUAUACCGAAUGAUUACAUUUCUUAUAAAAAUUCUUGCUGUCAGCACUUUAUACUGUCAAUAUUAGCAGUUAUUGCAUCAAGAGCUCUGUGAAAGUACUGUCAGAAGAUGUGAAUUCUCUGUUCUGUCCAGAUCUGUCCAGAAUAAACCUUUGUACUAUUC